AUGAGGGAAUUCAAACCGUGUCCCUGUGGCAGCGGUGCUAUGAAGUUGUGGGGAUUACUGGAUGACAAGAAGGCGAAGAAAAAGAACCAGAAAAAGAACCAGAAUACCAAAAAGAAGAACACUCCUCUAGCCACCCAUUGCUUUCAAUGCAAACCCACCGAGGCGCACUAUACAGCGGCGAUGAUCGAUCUCGGUGUCAAACUUUGGUAUGGAAAACCUCAGAAGGCGCCUCUGUUAAAAAAGUACGGAAAUCAGUGUACCCGCUGCUAUUGUGCGUCCAACCCCGGUUCCACCAAACCAAAGCGAUUCAAGCUCAAAGAGGACUACGUCAACACCUUCCUCGAGACCAAAUUUCCCCAUCUGACAUUCGUCCGUGACCAAACCCUCCCUGGUGCAUGCAGCGCCCGCCGUCCUGACUGGCUCUAUGAGACCUCUCAAUUCCAGCUCAUUUUAGAGUGCGAUGAAAGACAGCACCGUGGCUACACCUGCGAGGCCAAGCGAAAAGAGGAGCUCUGGGGCGAUAGUGGCUGUGGCCAGGUGAUCAUGGUUCGCUUCAAUCCCGACCAGUAUACCGACUCGACCGGGACCAAGCAUCGUGGGUGCUUCAAACGGAACGAUUCGCAAACCGGUGAAGAUAUCCAAGACCGGGGCGAAUGGAAAAGGCGCACCAACUUGCUCUACCACACUCUGUCCACUUUGCUGGAACCCUCGUUCGACCCCUCCACGCGCGACCUCCAGCCCCUACAUGAAAUUCAUCUCUUCUACGAUGGCUUUGUCAGCACCACAAAAUAUGUGAUUUGAGUAGUCGUUCGAAAGGGAAACAUUUUUCUGUAUGUGGUCGUCACCCGAAUGCACCUCGCUUUUCCCAUAAUAAAGGCAUCUGUAAUCCAUGACUCAGACGAAUGGUAUCAUCUUGGCCGACGAGGCAGUGGACUUCGAUAUGUCUAUGGCGCAUACGACCGCGGCAUUUUUGCGCUGGGUCGCGAGAUCAUCGGGAUCGAACCUGCAACCCCGACACCCCAACGAAGCCGGCUACGGGGGCGCGGCAACGGAAGAGCCAAACGGCGGAACCAGGGGUCGAACCUACGACCUGUGGCACGCCGACCACCCAGUCCGGGGGAGAACCACCAUGAGAACCAAACCACGCGGGGGCAGGAAUCGAACCUGCGACCUGGGACAUGCUAACCACCCGAUCCCGGUCAAGGC